CUCUCUCUCUCUCUCUCUCUAUGUCUCUCAGUCGUUUCUGUAACCGCCAUCAUUCCGUGCUGUAAGGCCGACAUGUCUUCCAACGGAGACAUCAGCGACCUGGGGAGCUCUGACAGCUUCUGGGAGCCGGGGAACUACAAGAGGACGGUGAAGAGAAUCGACGACGGCCACCGGCUGUGUAACGAGCUGGUCAGCUGCUUCCAGGAGAGAGCGAAGAUCGAGAAGAGCUACGCUCUGCAGCUGAGCGACUGGGCCAAGAGGUGGAGGGGCGUCGUGGAGAAAGGGCCUCAGUAUGGCACGCUGGAGAAGGCGUGGCACGCCUUCAUGCAGGCGGCUGAUCGGCUCAGCGAGCUGCACCUGGACCUGCGGCAGCGGCUGGCGAGCGAGGACAGCGAGAAGGUGCGCGACUGGCAGAAGGACGCCUUCCACAAGCAGAUGAUGGGAGGCUUCAGGGAAACAAAGGACGCAGACGACGGCUUCCGCAAAGCCCAGAAACCCUGGGUCCGCAAACUGAAAGAGGUGGAGUCCAGUAAGAAGAGCUACCAUCAGGCCAGGAAGGAGGAGUGGACGGCGUCAACCAGGGAAACACACGCCAAGGCCGACCCGACCAAGUCUCAAGAGGAAGUCCGCAAAUACACGACCCGGGUGGAGCGCUGCAACCAGGAGGCCGAGAAAGUGAAGGAGCGCUACCAGAAGGCCCUGGAGGAGCUGAACCGAUGUAACCCUCGAUACAUGGAGGACAUGGAGCAGGUGUUCGACCUCACCCAGGAGGCUGAGCGCAACAGGCUGCGUUUCUUUAAAGACGUCCUGCUGGACAUCCACACACACCUCGACCUGUCCGCCCGAGAGGGGUUCAAGGUUCUGUACCAGGACCUGGGUCAAACCAUCCGAGCAGCCAACGACACCGAGGACCUCAGAUGGUGGAGGAACACACACGGACCGGGCAUGAGCAUGAACUGGCCUCAGUUUGAGGUGUGGACA